CCCCCCCCUCCUACCAGAAUCACUCCUUGCCCAUGAUCGAGUACUCCCACCCCCUCACUCUCUCCGGCGGCAAAGACGACUUCUCCGCUCUCGCAAUGUUCCAAGACAGUGUCAAAAAACUCAAAAGCCCCAAAACUUCUCCUGGCCCUGCUUUGUCCAAGGACCAGGUCAAUUCCGCUUUCCACCUUCUUUUCGAUUGGUUCUAUGACUCCUUCGGCUCUGUCUCUCUCUCCGCCCUCCACCACCCCAAGUUUCAAGCUUUUCUCACCCAGGUUGGUUUGCCCACUCACUUGCGAAGGGAGCUUUCUGGGCCCAGGCUUCAUUCUAGGUUCGGGGAGGCCAAGGCUGACUCCGAGGCUAGGAUAAGGGAUGCCAUGUUUUUCCAGCUCGCCAGUGAUGGAUGGAAGAAUGCUGCUGCUGCUGCUGCGGCUGCGACUCAUUGCUUUCCUCUCUGUUGUGCUGAAGGAGAGGGUUUUGUCAAGUUUCUUGUUAAUCUCCCCAAUGGGACUAGUGUUUUUCAGAAGGCUUUCUUCACCGGGGGUGUCGACAAUUCCAAGUAUGCUGAGGAGGUUUUGUGGGAGACCGUUACGGCGGUUACGGGAACUGGGGUGCAACGCUGUGUGGGGAUUGUGGCGGAUAAGUUUAAGGCCAAGGCGUUGAGGAAUUUGGAGGUGCAGCACCAUUGGAUGGUCAACACCUCUUGCCAGGUUCAGGGGUUCGCUAGUUUGAUCAAGGAUUUUAGCCGCCAGUUGCCCCUUUUCCGCUCUGUUGUGGAGGGCUGUUUGAAGGUGGGGAGGUUUGUGGAUGGCGAGUGUCGUGUGAGGAGCGUGUUUCUCAAGUGCAGGGCGCAGGAGAUGGACUGUGGUGGCGGCCUGAUUCGCGUGCCUUCGCCCAAAUGUGACCCUUUGAGGAACUUCCAUGUGGUGUUACCAUUGCUGGAGGAUGUUUUGAGCUGUGCUAGGGUGAUGCAGAUGGUGGUGAUGGAGGAUGUGUUCAAGGUGGUGUGUAUGGAGGAUCCUUUGGCCAGGGAGGUCGCGGGGAUGGUGCAGAGUGAGGGGUUUUGGAAUGAGUUGGAGGCGGUUUAUUCGCUUGUGAAGCUUGUUAGGGGGAUGGUGCAGGAUGUUGAGGCCGAGAGGCCGUUGAUCGGCCGGUGUUUGCCUCUUUGGGAGGAGUUGAGGGGCAAGGUGAAGGAGUGGUGUGGGAAGUACAACAUUGUGGAAGGACCUGUGGAGAAGAUAGUGGACAAGAGGUUUAGGAAGAAUUACCACCCCGCGUGGGCGGCGGCGUUUAUACUUGAUCCGCUUUACUUGAUCAAGGAUGCGAGUGGCAAGUAUCUUCCACCGUUCAAGUGUUUGACAAGAGAACAGGAGAAGGAUGUGGAUAAGUUACUGACAAGGCUGGCUACGCGGGAAGAGGCUCAUGUUGUGUUGAUGGAGCUCAUGAAGUGGAGGUCGGAGGGGCUUGAUCCGCUUUAUGCACAGGCUGUUCAGAUGAAGCAAAGGGAUCCGGUAACCGGGAAGAUGAAGGUUGCCAAUCCGUUGAGCAGUAGACUUGUGUGGGAAACUUGUUUGAGUGAGUUUAAAUCCCUGGGGAAGAUUGCAGUGAGGCUCAUUUUUCUUCAUGCGACUUCAUGUGGGUUUAAGAGUAAUUGGUCUUUUAUGAGGAAAAUUUCAGCUAAUAAGCAGUCAAGAGUUGCCUUGGAGAGGGCUCAGAAAAUGAUAUAUAUUGCAGCUCAUGCAAAGCUUGAAAGGAGAGACUUCUCUAGUGAGGAAGAAAAGGAUGCAGAGCUGUUUGCCAUGUCUGGUAGUGAGGAUGGCAUGCUGGCUGAGGUCUAUGCUGAUGCUCCAUUAGUAAUUGGAAUGGCUUGAAGCAGUAGUAGGGUGGGGUGGCAAACACAACAUGGUUUUGACGUGUGUCAACCUCGGAAGAAGAUAAGAAUUUUUGUAUCCGAAGAAGCAUUACGCAUAGUCAUAGAUAAUCUGGCAUAUCUCCUGGUGUGUUUGUUACUACAAAAUGAGUAGGCCCACAAUGGAGAGUGGAUAUCCAUGUCAAUGGUGUCAUGGUCAAAGGAGAGUGAGAAUUAACCGUUUAGGUUGCCAUGAUUGCUAAAAAGGCUUGGAAAAAAGUUGAAACAAGGAGUGUAGCCUCAAAAAAUAAAAAAGGAAAAGGCUUGUCGGUAUGAGAAGGCACAUGAUAUGGUUUAGACCCUAUCGCAAUAUGCAGCCUCAAUGUUUCAGAGAUUAUUGGAGCCAUGAACAGCAGGUUGGUGGUUCAAGGGUUCUGGUGGUGAUGAAAUUUCAUAUCAUUUUUCACCCUUCUUGUCAGUCAUAUGCCAUGACACCCUUUUUGUUGUUGUUGUCAUGCUUUUAUAAAUUUCAUUAAAUUAUGUAAUUAAAUUCUGAUAUACUAUCAACCUGAUGCAACAGUGUCCUAGUCAAUAAUACUACCUCUUCCUC